AUGGCAUUCUUGGGUGGUUUGAACAAUUCUGCUCUUCUAAGAUUGAAAUUCACCAAAGCACUGGUUGGUAAGAAAUACUUGGAGUCAUUGGAGUCGUUAGAGAAAGAAAUGAGUUGUGAAUCUUCCUAUAAAACAUAUAGAGAGUUACUUCAUAACACUGAUCCACCCUGUGUACCUUAUAUUGGAGUAUACUUGACAGAUUUAACAUUUAUCGAAGAAGGUAAUCCUAAUAUCAUUGGAAACAAUCUAAUCAAUUUCUCAAAGUAUACACUACUUUACAAGGUGAUAUCGGAGGUGCAACAAUACCAAUGGUCCGAAUACAACUUAAACUAUGUACCAAUCAUACAAACAUUCAUCAAAGAUCUCAAUUCACCGACGGUGGCUGAGCUCUAUCAAGUAUCGCUUCAAAAAGAACCUAAAGGUGCUCAGAAAUCUGACAUCUUUUAA